AUGAGCUCCCGCUUCUCCGCAGCGCGUCCCAAUCGCGCCGGCGAAGCCUUCGCACGUACUCACCACGCCGAAACGUCAGACGACCCCUCCUCAUCCUCCAAGGGUCCCAAAUUCGACAUCCGCAACCCCUCAGCCCUCGCCCCUGAUGCCCCCGAAGAAGAUGCCGUGCUAGAAGCCGAUGUAAUUGGCGGUGGCGGCGCCGGGACUAAAAGAGGAGCGGUCAAUUUGGAUGGAUAUGACAGUGAUUCCGACAACGAGGGCUUCGAUGCGCGGGCCGAGAAACGCUCAAAGGGAGACGUAAAUCUCGCGGAUGCAUUGGAUGGGUAUGGGCCAGAUGGAGCUGGCAGGAAUGGUGGGGGUAGAAGUGGAGGGAAGAAGAAUGAAAUGGAGGAAGAUGCAGAUAUGUUUGCAGACCUAGAAGAAGAGGAUGGAGAUGAAGAUGAAGACAUGCCUGGGACGGGGAAGAAGGACAAGAGUGUGAGAUUUCUAGGCGAGGACGAAAUAGAAGGCCAAGUCCAGUCCUCUAAAUCUGGAGGUCACAUAUCCUCCAACUUCGCGCUAGACCCCAAGGGCAAACUCUCCACGCACGCCAUGGACGAUGCCGAGUCUUCAGACGACGAAGAGGAAGCUGCGUUGGCGGCACAGGAAGAAGAUAUCGACGAUGAAAUCGGCGCCGGUGGAUUGAAAAGGAACGCACCCAAGGUCGACGCUUUUAACAUGAAAGCGGAGCAGGAAGAGGGGCGGUUCGAUGAUGCGGGUAAUUUUGUACGCAAGGCUGCGGAUCCGGAUUCGAGGCAUGAUUUAUGGCUUGAGGGCGUUAGUAAGAAGGAUAUGAAGAAGGCGGCGGAAGCGCAUGAGAAACGCGAAGAGGAGAGGAGGCAGAAGAGGCUGGAAGAUGAUGCCUUGCUCUUAUCCGAUAUCCUCCGAACCCUUAUUCUCCAGCUCGAGAAAGGAGAGACAGUUCUCGAGGCCCUGGCCAGGUUGGCGAAAGGCCAGAAGAAAGAGAAGAAAAUACCGAAGUGGAAGCUGAAGAAGCAGGCUAAGAGAGAGGAUGCUAUGGAUAUGGACGAUACGGCUACUACCCCCAACCAACCGGAAGAUAAAGAACAAACGCGCAUCAAGGAGGCCGUGGAUAAGAUCACAGGUGCGGCGGACCAGUUGCUCACGAGAGGGCAAACGGAUAUCUACGAGCAGGAACGCGAAAUGCUAGUGCGGCAGUACGCACGUGAGGCUGGGGAGCCAUGGGUUGAGCCGGCCGUGGAGAAGGUCCAUGAUGAUGGGGAGGUUAAGUAUUGGGAGUACAGGUGGACAGAUGGACGGGAUGGGGAUGCGAAGCAGGGCCCGUAUGAUGGCCCUACUAUGGUUGCGUGGCAGGACGCUGGGUAUUUUGGGGAGGGGGUUGAGUUUAAGAGGAUUGGUGAAGAGGGUGCGUGGAGUAGGGUUGUGGAUUUUGUAUGA